GUGCGAACUUAGAUCCCGCCACCUCGGGGCUCUUCUCUCUGGGGAAGAAACCCCGGGGUGGUGCGGGUCUGUGCUGCGUGGGCUGGCUUGGUGGUGUUGGAGUUGGCAGUUUCUCAAGCGUCUUUCAUUCCCCCCCAGAAGUCUGACCCUUUCCUCCCCUGGGUGGGCCCCCUACCUGCAGCACCUGCAGCCUCCUCUCCCCAAGCCCCGGAGACCGCAGGUUCCCACUGCAUUAGAGCAGCAGUCAACACAGUUCUGUACAUUGCGCAUCUUAGGCCGCUAGGUACCGGGACAUAUGGGGGAAAUGAAUAAAGCCAGGCAAAGUAAUGACCUUGUUAAGAAAGGAGAACGAGGAGCUUUGUGGCCUUCACGUGAGUGGGACGAGCAGUGUCAGCUGUGGCAAGCCGAGGCGUGCGAAUUGACGCGCACCUGAAAGAAAGUCUACGGAGAGAUUCACAGUUCUCCCUUUUUGGUUGUCUGGAAACAAAGCAGGCCAAGUGUGGGCGCCCGAGGGAUCCACGGCUUUCAAGUGUCUGCUCUCCGCGCGCCUGUGUGCGGCUCUUCUGAGCAACAUUUCUGACUGCGAUGAAACUUUCAACUACUGGGAGCCAGUAGACGCACUACCUCAUCUAUGGGAAGGGAUUUCAGACUUGGGAAUAUUCCCCAGUGUAUGCCAUUCGCUCCUAUGCUUAUUUGUUGCUUCAUGCCUGGCCAGCUGCAUUUCAUGCAAGAAUUCUACAAACUAAUAAGAUUCUUGUCUUUUACUUUUUGCGAUGUCUGCUAGCUUUUGUGAGCUGUAUUUGUGAACUCUACUUUUACAAGGCUGUAUGCAAGAAGUUUGGGCUGCAUGUGAGUCGAAUGAUGCUUGCCUUCUUGGUUCUCAGCACUGGCAUGUUUUGUUCAUCAUCAGCGUUUCUUCCUAGUAGCUUCUGUAUGUAUACUACGUUGAUAGCCAUGACUGGAUGGUAUAUGGACAAGACUUCGAUCGCUGUUCUGGGAGUAGCAGCUGGGGCUAUCUUAGGCUGGCCAUUCAGUGUGGCUCUUGGUUUGCCCAUUGCCUUUGAUUUGCUGGUCAUGAAACGAAGGUGGAAGAGUUUCUUUCACUGGUCACUGGUGGCCCUUAUUCUCUUUCUGGUGCCUGUUGUGGUCAUUGACAGCUACUAUUACGGGAAGUUAGUGAUCGCACCACUCAACAUUGUUUUGUAUAAUGUCUUUACUCCUCAUGGACCUGAUCUUUAUGGUACAGAGCCCUGGUAUUUCUAUUUAAUUAAUGGAUUUCUGAAUUUCAACAUAGCCUUUGCUUUGGCGCUCCUGGUUUUGCCACUGACUUCGCUUAUGGAAUAUCUGCUGCAGAGAUUUCAUGUUCAGAAUUUAGGCCACCCAUACUGGCUUACCUUGGCUCCAAUGUAUAUUUGGUUUGCAAUUUUCUUCAUCCAGCCUCACAAAGAGGAGAGGUUUCUUUUCCCCGUUUACCCACUCAUUUGUCUCUGUGGCGCUGUGGCUCUUUCUGCACUUCAGAAAUGUUACCACUUUGUUUUUCAACGAUACCGCCUAGAGCAUUACACUGUGACAUCCAAUUGGCUGGCGUUGGGAACAGUUUUCCUGUUUGGGCUCUUGUCUUUUUCUCGUUCUGUGGCACUGUUCAGAGGCUAUCAUGGACCCCUUGAUUUGUAUCCAGAAUUUUACCGAAUUGCUACCGACCCAGCCAUCCACACCGUCCCGGAGGGCAGACCCGUGAAUGUCUGUGUGGGGAAAGAGUGGCAUCGGUUUCCUAGCAGCUUCCUGCUGCCUGAUAAUUGGCAGCUUCAGUUCAUUCCAUCGGAGUUCAGAGGCCAGCUACCGAAACCUUUUGUAGAGGGACCAUUGGCCACCCGGCUUGUUCCUACUGACAUGAAUGACCAAAACCUUGAAGAGCCAUCCAGAUAUAUUGAUAUCAGUAAAUGCCAUUAUUUAGUGGAUUUGGACACCCCAAGAGAGACACCCCGGGAGCCAAAAUAUUCAUCGAAUAGAGAAGAAUGGAUCAGCCUGGCCUAUAGACCAUUCCUUGAUGCUUCGAGAUCUUCAAAGCUGCUGCGGGCUUUCUAUGUCCCCUUUCUAUCUGACCAGUAUACAGUGUAUGCAAACUACACCAUCCUGAAACCGCGGAAAGCAAAGCAAAUCAGAAAGAAAAGUGGAGACCGGAGACGAGCAGAACCAACUUACAGGAAGAAUUGAAAACCCCUGGACUGGAUGGCAGUGUUCAGCUGUUCUCCACUCUGGCUUGGCAUGUGAGAACGGGCGAGCCUCUCUCAGGCCAUAUGGGCUUCUCCACCAAAGCUGUUUGGCAGCUCCUAGCAGACCUUCUUGUUCAAUCCUAGUGCUGAAAAUGAGCACAGCUUAGUUGCCAACCCACAUGUCCUUUUUCCCCUCCAGCAAGACUAAGCUUCUGUAAAGCACUCCACAGGACAAGGACCCUGUCCUGGAGCUAUCUCAGGAAAACGGCGACCAUUUGCGGAACUGUGACCUGAUUUUAUUAUAUCUGAUGCCUCUGAUUUCCAUUUUAUUUCCUUAACAACUAAAAGAAACCACAUGGUAGUUUUUUGUUUUCCAUUUUAGCAUGCUAUUUCUCGAAUUCUAGACUCCUUGUAUAAAAGUAUCAACAGACCAAAGUAUAACUGUGUAUGGCAUACUUGGAGAAAGUUAAUUCCAUCAACUGGUAGAUGUAGAUGGCAUCACAUUUUUAACUUAUGCAUUCUGAGGCUAUUUCUGAGGAUACUGGGAAUUUCCUUUCUUAAAGCAACCCUAGUGAAAAGGACCCGUGUAUGUUUGCAGCACUUAUUUUUUAGUUCUAUCUAUUGCAAGGCACACCCUGCAUGGGGCACUCCUAAUCAAAUAGGCAAUGAUAAAGACCUAAUUAAAGUGUCAUAAGCAUAUACUAUUACUUUACAAACAGUAUUUCAUAAUUUACAAGGCACUUUUAUCGCAUCUUGUUUGAUCCUCACGACCACAGUAUGAGGUAGACAAGACAGGCGAUUUUACCCCCAUUUUACAGAUGGGGAAAUGGAGACUAGGAGGGGGAGGUAAAGUGAUUGCCCAAAGUCACCCAGCCAGGGAGCAGUGGGGGCAAGACCAGAACCUGGGUUGCCUAACUUCUCAUCUCUUGCUGUGCCAUAUUUCCCCACUCAACUGUGAAAAUAUUCGAAAGGAUGACAAGGGUGACCAGAGACCUGACUGAUGUGUAGCUUUCUAUGUGAAGGAAGAAUCCUACCUGUUUCUCUUUGAGUUCUUGGAGCGUCCAGCCUACCCUGCGGUGCUGUGAGAUGCUGCCUGGCCUGGGGCAGGAAAGCAGUGCUCGUGCCGGGAAGUUAUGAUCCUUUGGAGCCACACAGGAUCCAAAUAUCAAUACUAUUCCUAUCAUCAGUCUGGGGUCACAUCAUAGGUGCCUUAUUCCCCUAAGGGUGACUGUUUCUGGUGUCUGACAAUAGGAUGAGUUUAUUUUUCAGAGUUUCCAUCUUUAAUUUUUCAAAGGACUCUCCAAAAGGAAGUGAUUCUGAGAGAGGAGACAAGAAGAGGUGACUAGUGAGCACAUUAAAAGGCCCCUCUGUGGGAUCCCCUGUAAAAGCUGAAGUCCUGGUCUAGACAGUGUCAGACGGUAACUGGAGAGAGCAGAUAGCUCAGGGGCCCACUUGCUUUAAAGAUCUGUGACAUUUAAAUCCCAAUUCUUGAUUUCUGUUUUCCAAGGCAUAUAUUGACAAAUAGGAUCUGGGCACAGGACAGAAUUGUAGCUGAAGCACCUUGCUUUACUUGUAGUAGUAGUGUUCUGUUCUUCACGGGAACUAAGGCAUUCUACUUUUUGCAGGGAUAACUUAGAGAGUCUAGUAAUGGAAGGCAGUGGCUUUUUCCUUAUCAGAUUACUCAAAAUACAAUGCUGAUCUAUUUCAUCAUCUCGCUUGUUUGAAAAAGGGGUGGUGGGAGGAGGCCCUCUGAACAAGAACUAUAAUAGAGCACAAUAAAAGGUGAGGAUUGGUGCAGGAAUCCUUUGGAUAUAUCAGCUCCUGUCCCUUUUAAAACCUGAUUCUGAUUUUCUGUUGUAUGUAUCUCUUUAGUGAGGGUAUAAUCCACUGCAAAACACUGUCAAGUGCCAUAAGUAAGGGGAACAAAAAUGAUUUUUGUUGUGAAGGUAUCUGUCAUGUGAUAUUCUAUAAACACAUUAAAGAAUCUCCAUCUCUUAGCAAUAGAGGGUGGUCAGCAUUGCCUGGGGGAAGAGUUCCAAAACACGUAGUUGGAGUAGCAUUUCUCCUUCAAAGAAUCGUGAUGCAGCGUCAGCUGACUGCUGUUCUUGCUGUAAGGAAAAAGUUCCUAAGGUAAGGUACUCACGUCUCUGUAGAUUGUUGGGUAUCAAGGCAUGAGGGCCUAUAGACUACUCAUAACAGCCUUUGAUCCUGACUGAAUAGGGAGUUAGUAUGCUUGGCACAUCCAGUCUUCUCUGAUGUCUAGCUCUAAAGCAGCUUUAUCUGACCCCAAAUCUUGUGACACUGAGUACCAUUACUGAACCAGUCUGUGUGGAAGGCAUCUAUUAUCAAAAGUUACCUCUCACCUAGUAGGUGUCAUCUGACAAGAAAGAAGAUAGGUCAUUUUGAUCUCCUAGGGUAAUCACAGAAGACUGCAGCCUAUGGUCUUUACUAAUGAAUUCAAGUUUAGAAAGAGACCUCUUGUUUUAAAACACCUUGGUUCCUUUUUUUUUUGAUGAAAACUGAUUUAUAAUACUGAUUUUAUGUUGUCAACAUUCAAUGAUUCAGUGGUAAAAUAUGCUAGAGGACAAUACUACAAAUAAAUUGAACAGAUCUUUUUGAAAAGUGAAAUAUACUUUUAUUCUUAGGAAAUUUUAUGUAUUACAUAUGUAGUUUUAUAUUUUGUAUUGUGUAAACUUUAUUUUAAAAGACCAUCUAAGUGAUUCAUAUUUACAACUUGACAAAGCACUGAUAUUUGAACACCUUGGUUCUUUAUCCCAACUAUUAAUUUGGGUAAUUUUUGCUAGUUUGGAUUUCUGAGAAAGAGCCUUGAAAAUCUCAUGUGAUUCUGCAGCAUGAGAUAUGGGGUGACUGUCUGGGCAAGGUACCAAUGACAAUCCUUUACUUUUUUGCAUUUCCUGGGAUUUUUUUUUUUAAAUAAGAAUUCACUGUGACUCUGUAGUCUUCUGGUCAGUGUCAGACAGCUCUGCUUUUAAUUUGGUGGAUUUUAUUUUCUCUGAGGAGGGAAAAGAGGCACAAUUUAAUCUUUUCCUCCACAGGCAUAUUAAAACUCAUGUGCUAAUCUGUUUUUAUGUUCCUACAUUAAAUGCCUUGGGUAAAUGGAUAAAUGGACAUGUGCUCAAUUUUAAUUUUUUUUUCCAACAGAAAGAUCAGACUUCCAUAUGCCACUGUUGGAUUUCAGAAGUUCUCUGGUGUAUCUGUAAAUCUGAAUGUUGCCAUUCAUUUUUCCAGUUUAUAUGACCAUGAGAUUCAUACUACAGAUGAAAUCAGGAAGCAGUGCAGCGUUGAAGCAAGAGUAUUAUCCGAUUCCUUUGUCUUCCUGAUCCUUGUACUUUAUUUCCUCUGUCAAUGUUUACAUUACAUACUUACUGUAUUUUCUGUGAAAGAAAAAGUUAAAUAAAUCUUGGCAGUUUGA